GCGCUGGGGGAAGUGUGAAAGUUGUGCAGGAGGGAGAGGCUGGAAGAGAAUUGCCCCCCCGCAACACUUCAUUGCCCCCCCGGAUCCUCCGCAGGUACAAUCUACCAUGAGCCUCGGGAAGAAACGGAGCGGCUUUCAGAUUACCAGCGUCACCAGUGACUACCUGCCGUCCUCGCCACUGUCGCCCGUCUCCCCGAACCACUCGGAACCCUCUUCAUCCCCGACACCCCCUAAUGGCCCCCGCUCACCCCCCGCCUCCCGCUUCCGCCUAGUACGUCUGGACCAGGACCCUCUCGGUGGAGGUCGGAGGUACCAGAAAGGACGAUGGACCUGCGUGGACUUCUACCACCUAGACGUGGGGGCCCAGCAGCGAGCAGGGGCCGGGCACUCCCUGGACUCCGGGCUCCCCCGAGCCGCCCCGGCCAUACCACCCUUACUGCUUUCACCGGGGGCAGGGGCCAAAGGUCAGCAGGCUCCCAGGUCUCAAGGAGCCCCGAUACUGACCGGAGUGACGGACAGGGAAACCACAGCUCAGCCCGCCUCCCGCCUCCGCCUAGUACGUCUGGACCAGGACCCUCUCGGUGGAGGUCGGAGGUACCAGAAAGGACGAUGGACCUGCGUGGACUUCUACCACCUAGACGUGGGGGCCCAGCAGCGAGCAGGGGCCGGGCACUCCCUGGACUCCGGGCUCCCCCGAGCCGCCCCGGCCAUACCACCCUUACUGCUUUCACCGGGGGCAGGGGCCAAAGGUCAGCAGGCUCCCAGGUCUCAAGGAGCCCCGAUACUGACCGGAGUGACGGACAGGGAAACCACAGCUCAGCUCUCUCCACUGCCACAGCCGGCCUCACCCAUCAUCACGGUACAGAGUGACAACCGCCCCAGCCGCCCAAAGUCUGAUGUCUUCAAUGAGAGGCUUCUACUGGCUCAGACUGUGUUCCGGAUGGGAGAUGGGAACGACCAGGACAGUGCACCCAACAGUACGGGAGCCAUAGACAACAAGAUCGAACAAGCCAUGGACCUGGUAAAAACUCACCUCCUGUUUGCUGUACGUGAGGAAGUUGAGGCUCUAAAAGAACAAAUUAAAGAGCUUGCGGACCGGAACGCUCUUUUGGAACAUGAAAAUAACCUUUUGAGGACGCUCGCUUCUCCGCAGCAGCUGUCCGAACUGGUCGCCCGGAUAAAAGCUUCCGGGAAAGGAGAUGUUCUCGGAACAAAGAUCUACAGCUACAGAUAUUCAUCUGCAUGGCGAAAUCUUAUACUGCAGGACGACCAUGAAAACGGUCCUCUGAGGAACCUGUCAGCCAGACGUCCGUCCACCUAG